AUGCAGGCCUCUGGUUGCUUCCUAGUUUUCUUUCUUUUCUUUUCUUCAUUCUCUUCCUUCUCCUCUGCUCUAACCGAUGCCGAAGCGUCCUCUAUUGCACGUAGACAGCUGUUAGCCCUUCCUGAAGGCGGUGACCUUCCUGAUCAUUAUGAAUUUGAGGUUGAGUUGAACCUGAACUUUCCCAACACCAGGCUUAGACGUGCAUACAUUGCACUUCAAGCAUGGAAAAAGGCCAUGUACUCAGACCCUCUUAAAACAACAGAGAACUGGGUUGGUGCUAAUGUCUGCUCUUAUACUGGAGUGUUCUGUGCAAAAGCUCUUGAUGACCCAGAAUUAGAGGUUGUGGCUGGCAUUGAUCUCAACCAUGCCGACAUUGCAGGAUACCUUCCUGUUGAAUUAGGCUUGUUGACCGACAUCGCCUUGUUCCACAUAAACUCCAACAGGUUCUGUGGUAUCAUCCCCAAGAGCUUCUCUAGGCUAACUAUUCUCCACGAGUUCGAUGUUAGCAACAACCGAUUCGUGGGAUCGUUCCCAGAAGUUGUCCUGCAUAUUCCAAACCUCAAGUAUCUUGACCUCAGGUUUAAUAAUUUUGAGGGGAAAUUGCCUCCUGAGCUCUUCAACAAGAAAUUGGAUGGCCUGUUCUUGAACGACAACAGGUUCACAUCCACCAUUCCUGACACGCUUGGUAACUCCCCUGUCUCAGUUCUUGUGGUCGCCAACAAUGAUCUUGAGGGCUGCAUCCCUAACAGCAUUGGAAAGAUGGUAAACACUUUGAACGAGAUCAUCUUGUCCAACAACAAGUUUGCUGGGUGUUUGCCUCCUGAAAUCGGAUAUCUCUCAAAGGUGACUGUGUUUGAUAUUAGAUCAAACACAUUCAGUGGGAUCUUGUCCAAAACUUUCAAAGGCCUAGAGAAGUUGGAGGAGGUGGAUAUUUCACACAACAUGCUAACUGGGUUUGUUCCCGAGAGUAUAUGCACAUUGCCAAACUUAGUGAACUUCACAUUCUCUUAUAACUUCUUCAAUGGUGAGACCCAAGAAUGUGUACCGUCUUCUCGGAAGAACGCUGUGUUUGAUGACAUAAGCAACUGCUUGCCAGAUAGGCCUCAACAAAAGUCAGCAAAAGAAUGUCAAGUUGUUGUUAGCAAACCAGUGGAUUGCGGUAAGGCAAAGUGUGGAGGUGGACAAGGACCAUCAAAACCAUCUCAGCCUCCAGUUGAGAAGCCAAAGACACCAAAGCCAGAACAACCUAAACAACAACCUCCUCCACAACCUAAGCAACAACCUCCUCCACAACCUAAGCAACAACCACCAAAACCAUCACCGGAAUUGGUUCCAACACCUUCUACACCCAAACCACAACCCCCUAAAGAAGAACCUCCCAAGGAGGAACAACCCCCCAAAGAGGAGCCACCAAAGGAACAACCUCCAAAAGAGGAGCCACCCAAGGAACAACCUCCCAAGGAGGAGCCACCAAAGGAGGAACCACCCAAGGAGGAGUCACCAAAGGAAGAACCACCCAAGGAGGAGCCACUAAAGGAGGAACCACCCAAGGAGGAGCCACCAAAGGAAGAAUCACCCAAGGAGGAAUCACCAAAGGAAGAAUCACCCAAGGAGGAAUCACCAAAGGAGGAACCACCCAAGGAGGAGCCACCAAAGGAGGAAUCACCCAAGGAGGAGCCACCAAAGGAGGAAUCACCCAAAGAGGAGCCACCAAAGGAGGAACCACCCAAGGAGCAGCCACCAAAGGAAGAACCAUCCAAGGAGGAGCCACCAAAGGAAGAACCUCCCAAAGAGCAGUCACCAAAGGAAGAACCAUCCAAGGAGGAGCCACCAAAGGAAGAACCUCAUAAGGAGGAACCACCAAAGGAAGAACCUCCCAAAGAGCAACCAUCAAAGGAAGAACCUCCCAAGGAGGAGCCACCAAAGGAAGAACAACCCAAGGAGGAGCCACCAAAGGAAGAACCUUCCAAAGAGCAACCACCAAAGGAAGAAUCUCAUAAGGAGGAGCCACCAAAAGAAGAAUCAUCCAAGGAGGAGCCACCAAAGGAAGAACCUCCCAAAGAGGAACCACCAAAAGAAGAACCUCCCAAAGAGCAGCCAUCAAAGGAAGAACCUCACAAGGAGGAACCACCCAAAGAACAGCCUCCUAAGGAGGAACCACCCAAAGAACAGCCUCAUAAGGAGGAGCCACCCAAGGAGCAACCUCCCAAAGAAGAGCCACCAAAGGAAGCACCUCCCAAAGAGGAGCCACCUAAAGAACAGCCUCUUAAGGAGGAGCCACCCAAGGAGCAACCUCCUAAAGAAGAGCCACCAAAGGAAGCACCUCCAAAAGAGGAGCCACCUAAAGAACAACCUCACAAAGAGGAACCACCCAAAGAAACUCCCACACCAAAACCAUCUCCCGAACCAGUUGCUAGCCCCCCUGAAAUAGUUGAAGAAGGUCCAUCACCACCUGAGCCUACCACUACAAGUCCUAGGGUUCCAGUUCAUCCUCCCCCUCCAGCACCUGUAACAAUGCCACCAUCGCCUGAACCCACAGGGCAAAGUCCUGUAGUUUCAAUCCACCCUCCUCCUCCACCAAUUCACUCUCUUCCACCACCAAUUAAUUCACCCCCACAACCAGUUAAUUCACCCCCACCACCAGUUCAAUCACCUCCCCCACCAGUCCAUUCUCCACCACCACCAGUCCACUCUCCUCCACCACCAGUCCAUUCUCCCCCACCUCCAGUCCAUUCUCCACCACCACCGGUCCACUCUCCUCCACCCCCGGUCCAAUCACCCCUACCACCAGCACCAGUCCACUCUCCACCAGCACUGGUCCACUCUCCUCCACCCCUAGUUCACUCUCCACCACCCCCGGUCCAAUCACCUCCACCACCAGCACCAGUCUACUCUCCACCACCCCCGGUCCAAUCACCCCCACCACCAGCACCAGUCCACUCUCCACCACCACCGAUCCACUCUCCACCACCCCCGAUCCAAUCACCCCCACCACCACCACCAGUCCACUCUCCACCACCACCGAUCCAUUCUCCACCACCCCCGGUCCAAUCACCCCCACCACCAGCACCCCCGAUCCAAUCACCCCCACCACCAGCACCAGUCCACUCUCCACCACCCCCGAUCCAAUCACCCCCACCACCAGCACCAGUCCACUCUCCACCACCACCGGUCAACUCUCCUCCACCCCCAGUCCAAUCACCCCCACCACCAGCACCAGUCCACUCUCCACCACCACCGGUCAACUCUCCUCCACCCCCAGUCCAAUCACCCCCACCACCAGCACCAGUCCACUCUCCACCACCACCGGUUCACUCUCCUCCACCACCAGUCCACUCUCCACCACCCCCUGUCCACUCUCCACCACCACCAGCACCAGUCUACUCGCCGCCACCUCCAGUCCAAUCACCACCACCACCUACCCAGUCUCCACCGCCUCCAAAAAACUCUCCUCCCCCACCUUCUCCGUCUCCUUCACCUCCUCCUCUCGUAGUCUCAUCACCCCCUCCAGUAGAUGACUUUGUCUUGCCACCAACCUUCGGCUCCCAAUACUCAUCUCCACCUCCACCAAUGUUCCAGGGCUACUAA